CUCGGCGCCUUCCCACUACCCGGCCUCGGAGUGAAGUCGGAACUCGACUCCCAAGUUGCGGAGCCGUGAUUACGCCACGGUAUGGCUUGUCUUUAAAAAAGGGCCACAUACCGGGCCAACUGGCACAGCUGAGCGGGCGGGGAGCGGUGUCGGCUUUUGUUUUCUGCCCCGCGGGGUGAAUGCCCGUCUCCGUGCCCUCUUCCCCUGCUGGUCCCUGAGCCGAGGAAGGGGUACCGCCCGCCUGCGGACGGCGUGGUGCGGCUGUUACGUAGCCGUCUGGCUCUCCACGCCGCGGGGCGCGGCAGGCCUGCGGGAUCCCGGGCCGCCGCCCGCUCAGCUGUUUCCGGCCCGUGUUUGUGGUGCGGAGGGAGGCCGCGCGGCGCUCGUGCCCGGCCCCGGCCCCUCCCGAUUGGCCCGCGGCGUCACGUGCCCGCAAUCAGCGGGGGCUGCGGGGCGCUCGCUGUACUGGGCCGCUGCGGGCUGAACUGACCCAGUGCGGGCGGUCUCGUGGUCCCCGGUGCCCGGCGGCAGGCGGCGUCCUUACUGACCCAGCUCGAAGGAGGCUAGGCGUGCGGCGUGCUUCUGCACCCCAUUUCCACGCUCUUACGUAGGUUUUUAGAACUUCAACAAAAAAAAAUGGGCAGAAUUUUCCUUGAUCACAUCGGGGGUACCCGUCUGUUUUCUUGUGCAAACUGCGACACAAUCCUGACCAACCGCUCAGAACUCAUCUCCACUCGGUUCACAGGCGCCACUGGCAGAGCAUUUCUCUUUAACAAGGUAGUUAACCUGCAGUACAGUGAAGUUCAAGACCGGGUCAUGCUCACUGGCCGCCACAUGGUUCGAGAUGUGAGCUGCAAAAACUGCAAUAGCAAACUGGGAUGGAUCUAUGAGUUUGCCACCGAAGACAGCCAGCGUUAUAAGGAAGGUCGUGUGAUCCUGGAACGUGCUCUAGUUCGAGAGAGUGAGGGCUUUGAGGAGCAUGUACCAUCUGAUAACUCUUGAAGAAAAAGAGAUAACUCCGUCUUUUCCCUGGUCUCCUUCACUGAAAACAAAAAUCUACUUACAUACACUGUCACCUUAGCAUCAGAGUCGGAUUCAUGAACUGUGGAACAAGAGGUUGUGAGAACUAAGAUGGAACCUUUUUUUCUUCCUUUCUUUCUUUUUUUAAAUUUUCUGUUUUCCAUCCGACAGCAGUGUAGAGAGAAUAUGAUGCAGAUGCUGUUAAUUUUUUUCCCCUAUGUUUACAUCUUGAGGCAGAAUAAUACAUCUGCAACUACUUGGUAAGCUGUGUGAGGAAAAAAAUCUGGGCUGUUAGAGUAAAAGUGUGUUUUAUGUAAAUUUUGAAAGGAAAAUGUGUCAAGAGCAUGGUUUUUAAACUUAUUUGGGCUUUAUUUUAAAACUUAAUUUUUUAAACCCAGUUAUUUCACUUGAUUUGCUAGCUUCAGAGAAGAAAUCCGAAUUCGUGACCAGCGCGCUAAAGGUUCAGUGUUAGUAUGGCUUGUGCUGGCCUUUGUGCCAUAUUCUUGUUGGAGAUGAACCGUAGCAACAGAGCCCAUUCUUCCUGUCAGUCUUGACCCAAAGAAGUCACCAUUCCUAGUUAUUUGUCACCAUGUAAUUGGUGUCGAUUGGAAACUUACCUGAAAUGGGCAAAACUGCUUGGUUGUUUUUUCCAUGUAACUUAAACAUAGUAAUAUAAAUAAAGUAAUAGUUGGA